UUUCCCCAGAAAACAUGGCAGUUGUCUUUACUACAGGCCCAUCAUUACGGCCGAAAGGCAGAUCAGCUGGUGGCGAAAGAAAAAUAUGAAGAGGCGAUCUUAUGCCACAGUGAAGCAGCAGAGCUGUUGAACGAGGCCUUCUCAAUGACACACACUGAACAGGUACGGCUGUCUUUAGAGCUCCAGAGAGACAGACAUCUCCAACAGCAGCGACAGAUCAAGAUGAGCUGGAAACAGGCCAAACUCAAAGGAAAGAUCCCGAGCCCUUCAAAACACAGCUCAUCAUCCCUGAUAACACAGUGUCCCGGUCAAACAGUCGUCCAAAGUCCUCCGCUCGGCUGGAAGGCUGCCAAAGAUGACAAGACUCGACUGGAAGAGCAGAGCACUGCCAUCGCUGACCUGUGGAAGCUCAUGGCUGUCCUGCUCGUGGAGAACAAGCGAUUGAUGGAGGAACACCAGAAACUGAAGGCAGAGAAUGCUAGUCUGAGGAGAGACCCUUAUGAGGAGCAUCAGAGCCCCACAGCUUCUCUAGCUCAACCUUCACCGCUGGGCAUGAGGCUCCUGCACGUGCCCUCUGACCUCCAGAACCAGAUCCAGCUACUGUUGGAGAUGGCAAAUGACAGCUAGACCUGCAUACACCUACACUACCUCAAACUUUUGAGCACUGGUGAAUCACCUGGCAUGAGAG